UGAUGCAUGUAUUAUGUAUUUUGGUACAGGUAUGCUGAAAGGCACAAAAACUUACCUUUCUCAUACGCCUGUUUAAGUACCUCUUCCCAAGUCGGGAGAAAAUUCAUGUUUUUUUUUAAAUGAUUUUCAGUUCUAUAAGUACAUGAUAUCAACUCAAGAAUUAUGGUCUGAAUCGUCCCUUAAAGUUUUCGUUACGAUGUCACUAACACCAUAUAUGAUCCACGCAGGAUAUUUUAUUUUUGUCUGCCAUUCUUCUUGUCGUUUCGAUGGCAUUCAGAUUUCUUCAACCCAGUAUUCCGCCACUCGAACAGCAUCCCCGGUGGCACUCAUCAGCCCCUCUCGCGUGCAGGUAUCAGGGCACGCGGGGCAAGUUAUCAGAUGAGCCAUAGUCUGUGGCGUAACACCACACACGCAGCUCUUUGUCUGCCAUACGCAAUAAUAAUAAUCACUUCCCUAGUGUAAUCCCCUUUUCUGUGUCCGCUUACCUAACCUGAAUAUUUGACAGGCCCGGCUUUUUAUAGAAGCGACAUUUCAUAAAACCCUCAUUGUAUGCAAAAUUGAAAAAUGUUGGGCAAAGUUAUAUUGUUAGUAUUUAUUCGUUGAGCUAUGGGAAAUUAGCAUUUUAGUUGUUACGUCCAUGGUAGGACGGCUAAAUAUUCAAGAUGGCGCAAUUUUCUAUUUAGGACAAUAGGGUAUUUGACCGGGUCAAAGAUAAAUUAUGAAAUGAAAUGAAAUUUAUUCGCUCUAGAGUGGUACAAAAUAUCUUAAAUGUACAUUAUAUCAAAAAAAGUCCAGCACUCAACCAUACAGCGUGCGAAUAUUAAUAUUAAAUAAUUUAUAAUUAAAGGAACAUUUAAUCUUCAAUAAAUCUGUCUUAAAAAAAAAUAAUAAUAGAUAUUUUAAAUACAGAAAAAACAAUUAACCUUAAUUUAAAUAAACGGUUUAAAAUUAAAUAUUCUUUCACUGAAUAAAAGGUAUGGUGAAUAAUCUUAGAAGGCAGUCUAAGAUGAUCAAAAGUCAGUCUCAUUUUACUUUUCGUCUUAUUUUCGAAUUUUAUUUAUGAAUUAAGUAACAACGAGUACAGUCAUGAGCAAUAUAAUGUACCCACUUUAGGACUCUGUCGCACUAACAUAUUUGACAUUUAGUGAGACUUACAGUUCAAUUUGUCAAAAAAGUUAAUGUGACAUGGUACCAAAGUGUAUACAUAUUAAUGCUCGUGACCGUACGACGAGUUUGACCAAUUUUAUUGAUGACGUCACAGGACAGUAUUUCCGUACGAACUCCAAAGAAAAUUUUCGUUUUGACUUUUCGUAAAAAGUAUCUCAUUUGACCAGGUUGUCAAGUAGCCUAUUGAAGUACAAUUAGUUUUCUUUAGGACUAUUAACACGUUCCCUGUGUAUGAACCACAUAUGGGACAAUAAAUUUGAAACUCAUACGUGCAUGUCCCAUAUGUGGGACACAUCUUUUCUUGCAUGGUGUGUCCAUGUACGUACAUUUUAUCGUAAUAUACCAUUGCACGUUAGGGGUUGAUAUCUAAUUUUCAGUUACACAGUGAACGUGUUAAAAUACUGAGAGCUAAAUAAUUUCUUUCAAGCAACCAUCCUACCAUGGCUUUACCGCAACGUUAUUUUAGGGUGUGGGCUAUCAAAUGUGAUUUUUUUUAAAAAGGCGUUUACGAUAUUCAGAAAACAACAUACACUUUCUAUGUUAAGUUCUAAAAUCUCCGGCCAUAUAAUGGUCCGUCUAAUCUUUGAAACAUAAUCCUUAACUGCGCACUGGAAAGAUUCGUAUAAUAAGCGCUUAUGCGCAACGUCAUAAAAUUAUCGAUUGAAGAAGUUUGUUUUACCCCUAACAUGCGUGCCACGUGAUUUUAUUCGUAUAUUGACAAAACGACAUAAUUAUGUCGUCAGAAUCGAUAAAAUGACCGUGGCAAAAUUUUAUCACGUUGCGCAUUUUAGCCCUAAUGGUGAAUUAUUUCUCUCGGGCAAGUCUAGGGUGCGCACGUUUUGACAAAUGCAGCUGUAAGAGGCAAGAGAUUAGGCCGAUAUUGCACUGGAUGCGUCUUCGUAAUACAGUACAAUACAAAUACACUUUAUUGCACCAAAAUAAAAAGAAAUAAUUACAAAAAGUCUAAGAAGUGAAGUGAUAAUAGGGUGGUUGACUGGUUUUCUUUAUUUAUUUAGGUAUUGUUGGAAAGGCCUUAACGCGCAUUAUGUAUGAGAACCGCUGUCGCGGGAUCAACCCCUCAUCAUUUUACUACUACUCUUGCAAACAUAACUACGAUAGCUCUACUGCUUCUCAAAUUCCAUAGACACUUUACCAGCAAUGUAUAUUUUAUGUGACAGGCUUAAAUUUUAUCAUUACUUUUCCUAAGGUACUGCGUACAAAAUAUUUUUUUUCGAUAAAUAGCCGAUCAUGCUAAGGUUUUCAGCUUUUCUGUGUUAAGGUGGGAUCUCCUUGCAUGAUAGUCGAUAUUUGAAUUUUUGCCCUGCAGGUUAUAAAACACAAGACAAGCUUUUAAUGUACUAUAGCGGAGCUCCGUGUGUCGUAAAGUUUGCGGACGAGCGGAGUGCAAAGUUGGAAGUAUGGCCUCUUUGUUCUAUUCACAGAUCGUAAUCCUGUAAAAUUCAAAUCUUAAGGUAAUGUUUGUAUAUGUGUCUGUACACACUAUAUAUAUCCAGGUAUUAUUAUUGUACGAGACUGUAGACCGCACUAUACUAUGCUAUAGUGUUUGCGGGUUCACUGGUUCAUUUAGCUGGACGUUUCUCUCGCCUGUGGGCGCGACCAAUACCUUUUUGGUCGUCGUCACCGCCACUAUGACUCGCGGGGGAAGUGUCCGCAGUGCCAUGUUUGGAAUCAUGUCAGCGUCCGGGGCCUUCUUGGGCUUAGCUUUCUGGAGAGCUCUCUUCACCUGGCCGGGUGAGAAGAAGACGGGGUCCUCUUCCGGUCCAAUCGGCGUUGCGAAGUACUCUUCCAGAUGUUGUUGGACUGCAGCCACGUGGGGUGUGUUUGCAGUCGGGUUCGGGGAGAAUUGUUUUUCGAGGCACUCGGCGAAGAUCUCCGCCCUGUCUUGGGCCUUGUACCUCGGCUGGCCAUUCUCGUUAUGCAGCGGGCGUACUGCUUCCUUCUUCGUGCCAAGAUUUUUACACAGACGAUGUAUAGAGGGAAGAUCGUCAUCAAUCGAGGCGAUAUGGCUGUCCCACGACAUUGCGGCGUUGGUCACCAGCUCCGCCUUCACUCUGGCUGUGAGGCGGUUUAGUUGCGACUUGAGGGUAGGGCAGUUGGUGUCAUGCCACUGCCGCCGUACUCUGCGCUUCUCCUCUAGUAGAGCGCGUAUUCGAGGCGGGAGGGAGAGCCUCCUCUCGCCUCUCGGUACGGUGUGCGAGGCAGCUGUCAAUGCGCUGUCUAAGUCGGCGGUCAGUGACUUGGCGGCUCGUUCAACUUCAUCAGCUGUGGAGACUGGGCCGGUGUGGGAUUUCUCCUCCAGCUCUGCGACGAAAAUCUCCCAGUUGACGAAGGUGCGGUUGCGGGGUGCUAGUACCCUGGUGGGGAGCUCAUCCAGUGUUAGCAGGACCGGUCGGUGGUUGGAGGGGAGGUCUGGAAGGACCUCUUGAUUAGGUGGCGUUCUAAGUCCCCGGCUUACCACGAUGUCCAGCACGUCGUAUGUGCCCCAGUUGUUGAAAUGCGUGGGCUGGGUGGGACCGGCGACAUCGUAAUCUUCAUCGGUUGCUAACCUCGCGAGUUUCCUCCCUGCCUCAUUCCGGGCUCGCGAAUUCCAGGCCUGGUGCUUCGCGUUGAGGUCCCCCGCGAGGAUAGUAGGUAUCUGGGCGCUCAGCAAGUCCUUGAAGAAGGUGGUGUCGAAGUGGUCGUAAGGAGGUCUGUAGACCGCGAAAAUGCGCAGUUCGUUUCCGUUCACGUGCACGUCGACCCCGAGAGCGUAGUGAUCUUGGUACUGCCCGGGGUCAACGAGCUGGUGAACGACGGUCCUCCGCACCAACACGGCCAGACCCCUGUAGGGCGUCCCGUCGGGUGCCACCUCGUCCUUUCUAUAGGUGAUGUAGCCGGGCGCCUUGAGGAUGGUAGUGUUUUUCAGAUGAGUUUCGUUUAUCAGCAUGAUAUCGACGUUUUGCUCCUUGAUGAAGUUUCUGAGCAAAAGUAUCUUGCCCUUUAGGGCCUGGGCGUUCCAGUGUACUAUUCUCAGCGACUUAUGCAUUGCGGAGUGUUGAUGUUGUGGCUGCGCUGAGAAUAGUAGACGCGGUUCCGGGGGUCGCCAGAAGCGCCUGCCUCAAUAUGGCGAGCAAGGCGUCGAUCUCCGGGGCCGGUGUGACGUUGGCUGAGGUGGGGGGGGGGGGGGGGGGGCGCCGUCGGUCCGUGCGGGCCGGGCAACCUUGUUGGUUUGGCUUUUUUCUUUUUCUUCCCCUUCCCCCCGCGCGGUCGCGGCGGUUGGUUAGGGGCGGGCUGCUUGGUGGUCGCAGGUCUGGCUGGGGCCAUCAGGGAGCCGGGGGCCGCCUCGGUUACUGAGGCUGAUGCUGUCGGGGCCUAGGGUUGGAAGCGUCUUCUUGUAUUUGCGGCGGCGGGAGCCGUAGCCCGGGUACGGGCCACUGUGGUUGCCCUUUUGUUCCUCGCCUCCCGCUGGAACACAGGGCAGCUCGUAUGGUUGGCCGGGUGCGGCCCCUUGCAAUUCACGCAAGUGGGCAGGUCCUCCUUCGGGCGUGGGCAGUCGCUGGCCGCGUGUCCCUCUCCGCAACGGACACAGGCGAUGGGGCGGUGACAGUUAUGUGAGGAGUGACGGAAGCCCUGGCAGCGGUGGCACUGCGCUGGGCCCCUCUUACCCCUCCAUGCCUCGAUUUUAACCCCCGGCAUGCAUAAAAGUUCAGUGACCUCGUAAAUGUCGGGGGUGGGUUCUGGGGUGCGCGAUAAUUGGGCGAAGUAGAUGCAGCCGGGUCUUCCCUCCCUUGCCCGGAUGCUUUUCACAUAUUCGCAAGUGAAGCCCUUCUCCUCAAUUGCGGCGCGGAUCUCCUCCGGGUCGGUUUCCACCGGGAGGCCCCUGAUGGCAACUUUCAAUUUCUUCUCUUCGGGGAGGGCGUAAGAA